AUGGGGAUCCUCGACAGCGAGUCCCCGGAAUGGAAGGCUGCCUGGCCUCAGCUGGUCAAAGAUACGCAGAGGAUCAUCGACGCUGCCGGAGUCACGAUUUCCGGGCCCACUGAGGAUGAAGACAUCGUUACACCUCCACUUGUGAAUGAAAAGGAUGGAAUCAACAUUUGCGGUGCUGGCGAGGAGGCCUAUGAGCCUUUCAUACUCGUUCCAAAGGACCAGAAUCGAGGUGUCAACGGAUUGCAAUACUGCAAGACGGGUCGCCGGGAUUACGACGACGUGGUCACUUGCAUUCUACUCCGAGCCAAAAUGUUGGCCCCGAACUCUUUUUAUCUGUCUUCUGAUGGCUACUGGGAUGAAUGGAAGCCGGCACGAGAGAUCUAUCAAAAGAUUUGGCCGGACGCCUCAAUUGAGUGCCCUUUCAAUGAUGACGAAGAUGAAGGUGAGGAAAAUAGUGAAGGUGAGGAGCGGAGCAACGGAUCGGAAGAAGGGGGAAGCGACGAGGAACCCGAUAACAGGUCGGCACAUUAUCAUAUGCUGUGA